UCUGAGGGAGCAUGGAUUGUAAACAAGAUGUAGGGGAGAGAAUAAUGCACAAAUCAAACCUGCAGACAGGUUUAUUUGGCCUCCAGGUUUAAACUAAGCUGCGAUAAGUAAACCCGCAUCUUUUAGUGUUGUAAAUAGUUUUGUUUAUUUGGUGUUAUUUAGACAGUAAGUGAUGAGCGGCUGCUCGGCCAGUCUGCCUGCUGCUCGCAGCGUUUGCAGCCCGCAGUCCGCUUCUUCUCUCGCUCAGGUACUCAGCAUGUUGGACUCCGCUGCAGAGCAGAUGAUGGUCCACAGAGACUUCCAGGCAGCGUUUGACACCUGCGAGAGAGGACUGGAGAGCCUCGACAACAUGGAGCCAGAGGACAACAGAUGUGGAGAGUUUAAGGCCGGCUUCUGCAUCUUGGGUAUUCAGGCGCUGGCUGAGCUGAAUCAGUGGGACGGUGUCCUCUCCUGGGUCCUCCAGCAGUACGAGCAGCAGGAGAGAGUCCCGGCUAAAAUAAUGCAGAUGUGCAUACUUCUCUACUCCAAGGUGGGUGAGCCGGCUGUGGUGCAGGAGGCAGCCAGAGUUUGGUUAAACUGCCCGUCCAACAGCAGAUCGCCGGGGUUCAGGACGGUGGCCGAGCUCUACCUGCUGCACGUCCUGGUGCCUCUGGGACACAGAGACGAGGCUCUGGAGCUGAUCCACGGGGAGGUCGGGAGCGCCGCGUUCACAGAAGACCAGAGGCAGACGGCGCUGGAUGUUUUAGAAGAAAAAGAGAGUCAAGAAACACCUCUAAAUCCUGCAGACUCUGAGAUCUCUGCACAUCCUGUCUCAGCUCGAGGGUCUGUAGUUCGUAAACUGGAAGCCAUGCUCAGGUUUUUCUACAGAAAGGUGUUGAUGAGCAGUUCAGGCUGCUUCACUCUGCGGCGAGUCUUCCUGGCCGCCGUUCUUCUCUACAUGCUUUUUUUCCGGCUGGAUCCAGCUCUUCCGUCUGCAUUCAUGUGGAUUUCCAAACUUCUCCAGCUGCUCAGACAGAUGUGGAGCGACAUGUUUGCACCGUACUAUCAAGCUUUAACCCAGAGAACGUGAAAGACUGACGAUCACAAUACACUAGAGCGCAAAAGUUUGGGGUCACCCAUGAAAAUAAACUGUUUUAUUCAUGAAAUGAGUUACAAAAUGAACCAUAAAUAUAGUAAAGACAUUGACAAGGGUAGAAAUAAUAAUUUUGACCUGAACAAAUCUCCAACUUUACCUCUAGAUACUCAACCAGCCUGAGGAAGGAUCAUUUUAUUGCUUCUCAAAUCAGCACAAAUCAGUUUUCAGCUGUGCUAACAUAAUGCUCAGGUGGUUUAAUGAUCAAUGAGCCUUUCAACACUAUAAACGUGGAUUAACACAAUGUACCACUGGAACAAUGUAUAACAGACAUUUCAUAAGAAAAAUCAGCUUGUUUCCAGCUUUUACAAUCAUUUACCACAUUAACAAUGUCUACACUGUAUGUCUGUUAUUUUCAUUUGAAAAAAUUUUGAUUUUCUUUCAAGAAUAAGGGCAUUUGUAAUUGACCCAAAACUUUUGAGUGUAUGCUUCAUCCAUCAUUUUGAUUAUUUUUUACUUUGUUGUGAUGAUAAGAGAAUAAGUUUUAUUUUCUCUGGCAGAUGUGCACUAUGCAAAUUAUUUUAGGUGAUGCCUGGCGAGGAAAAUGCCGAUUAAAUAGCUAUUAAAAUCCUUUUUACAGCAGUCCUGGCUAAGCUAAGAUACUAGCAGCAAAUACACAGAUUUACAAAACAUAAAACUGGUAAUAAAAUAAUAAAAUCAUAAGGAAAAAAGAAUGAUGGUAGAAUUCAAUGGGAAUACAGUUAUGAUCACAAGGAUAAUGUAAACUAUGAUAAUUCAAACAUUAGAUUUUUUGUUUUGAUAAUUUUGUUUCUCACGUAUGAAUGUAAUGUAGAUUGAGACUAUUGUAAUAUAUAACUGUAAAAGGGUAAAAGGUGCUGUUGACUCUGAUAUUGAACUAUUAGUUAUCUGACAUUUAAACCAGCUUGUGUGUGACGUAUACACAGGAAUGUGGACAUCUAUAGGUGUAUUGACUGCUGUGCUUGUGUGUUUAAUUCAGCCUGCAUUUCAAGAUAGUACAUAAAUAUGGAAAAAAUAGAAAUAUCAGUAUCAUUAUGGUGAUAAAUAAAAAUAUAUGUUUACAAUUGCAAGUUCAGACGGCAAAUUUCAACUUAUCUAUACAUAUUAUGAACCUAACAGAUUUGGGUUUUUUCUUUUUUAAGUAAUCAGAUUUUCAAAAUAAAUUGUAAAUCAAUA